UAGCCGUAGCCGGCUGCAGCGCCGGCCAUGGGGAAUUGUGGGAGAAGAUGGCGGCCGCCGUUCAUCCCCGGGUUAUCUGGGCUCUGCCAAUGUCACGUUCUGGCCUUACGGCACUAGCCACCUCCACAUUUUAUGGCCCUCCCCAGCGCCAACUUCAUCAUGCUGUCAUACCUCAUGGGAAAGGUGGACGUAGCUCAGUCAGUGGGAUUGUGGCCACUGUGUUUGGAGCAACAGGAUUCCUGGGCCGAUACGUUGUCAACCAUCUUGGACGAAUGGGGUCACAGGUGAUCAUACCUCAUCGGUGUGAUACAUAUGACAUCAUGCACCUUCGUCCCAUGGGUGACCUGGGUCAGAUUAUCUUCUUGGAAUGGAAUGGAAGAGACAAAGAUUCCAUCCGCAGAGCAGUGGAGCACAGCAAUGUGGUCAUCAAUCUCGUUGGGCGAGAAUGGGAAACUAAAAACUUUGAUUAUGAGGAUGUCUUUGUAAAAAUUCCCCAAGCAAUUGCUCAAGUAUCCAAGGAAGUUGGCGUUGAAAAAUUCAUUCAUGUUUCACAUCUGAAUGCUGAUAUAAAAAGCUCUUCUAGAUAUCUGAGAAAUAAGGCUGUUGGAGAGAAAGAAGUGAGAGAUACCUUUCCAGAAGCCACUAUCAUAAAGCCAUCGGACAUCUUUGGAAGAGAGGAUAGAUUCCUCAAUUAUUUUGCAAAUUUUCGCUGGUUUGGUGGUAUGCCUCUUAUUUCCUUGGGCAAGAAGACAGUGAAACAACCAGUAUAUGUUGCAGAUGUAUCCAAGGGAAUUGUUAACGCAAUUAAGGAUCCAGAUGCCAGAGGAAAAGCUUUUGCCUUUGUUGGGCCAAAUCGGUAUCUCCUCUUUGACCUGGUGCAGUACAUCUUUGCUAUGGCUCACAGGCCCUUCCUCCCAUACCCUUUGCCACAUUUUGCCUAUCAAUUGGUAGGGAGAGUCUUUGAAAUUAGUCCGUUUGAGCCCUGGACAACAAGGGAUAAAGUGGAGCGGGUUCACAUCACAGAUAGGAAAUUGCCUCACCUGCCCGGCUUAGAAGACCUUGGUAUUCAGGUGACACCCCUGGAACUCAAGGCCAUCGAGGUGCUGCGCCGUCACCGCACUUACCGCUGGCUGUCUUCUGAAAUUGAGGAUGUGAAGCCAGCCAAGACGGUCAACCUUUAGUGCCCCAAGAGCAGCCCCUGGCUUUUGGUGUCACUCCUCGGGCCACCUGGUUAGCAACCAGCCUACUUGCUUCAGAGAAUUCUGUACAUAGUGAACAAGAUCCCUCUAUUAAAACAUCUGUGAUUAA